AUGAAAGCUCUUCGAAGGAUUCAAACGAGGUCUUCGUUUCGAAAUCCAUCGUCGCCAUUAUUCUCGUCUCCGUCGUCGUCCUCUCCUUGGACUCAUCAUUUGCGUUCUGCCCUCGUCCUUGUCUCUUCUUCCUCUCCAGCUUCUUGUUCUUCUUCCGAUCCGCAUCGACUUAAAUCACCAUGGUCCCGGAGAAGACGGAAAAAGCCGCUCACACUUCGCCGGUGGAGAAGAUUUUUCAGCCCUGAGGGUAGGCUUAGGAAUGGGGGAGUUAAUUUGCUGAAGAAAGUCCGGAGUAGAGGCAUUGAUCCUAGCAUUCGGUCUGAGGUCUGGCCAUUCCUUCUUGGAGUGUGCGAUUUCAAUAGUUCCAAAGAAGAGAGAGGUGUUACAAGAACUUGGAGAAGAAAAGCGUAUGAGAGACUACGCAGGCAAUGCAAAAGGCUUCAAAGCCAAAACAGUGGGACUUUUAAGUUAAACAAGAUCAAUAAAACUACUCAAGAUGAGCAUAACAGCUGGUCUCUUGCGCAAGACGCUGACAGUUCGUGCUCUGAUGAUGGUCUCAGCGCCCACGAGUCUAUCUCUUGCGACAAAGACAACACAGAAGAGUACAUGAGUGACGUCUCAUGUACUGGUGGUUCAAGACGCCUGAACUCUGAGUCCUCUGACUCAGAUUCUUCAGAUGAUAAUGAUUCUGUUCAUAUGAUUCCUUCUUCUGAAGAGAAAGAUGAAAACAGCACUUCUUCUCCAUCCAGCUUAUCUAUCUCCCGUACCAAAGAGGAUUUCGUGACAUGGCAGCGUAUUAUCCGUCUAGACGCUGUGCGAGCCGAUACAGAGUGGACUCCAUAUUCACCAUCCCAAGCUAUGGUAUCAGAGGAAAGGGCACGUCGUGCUGCUGAAGCAGUUGUGUUAAAGGACUACAGUCACUUGGAACCUUCCAAAAUCUUUCACGCCGCACGGCUUGUUGCUGUUCUUGAAGCCUACGCCUUACAUGACCCUGAAAUCGGCUACUGCCAAGGAAUGAGCGAUCUUCUCUCACCUAUACUCUCAGUCAUACAAGAUGACUACGAGGCGUUCUGGUGUUUCGUCGGGUUCAUGAAGAAAGCUCGUCAGAAUUUCAGCCUCGACGAGGUUGGGAUCACGAGGCAGCUCAACAUAGUCUCGAAGAUUAUCAAAUCCAAAGACUCGCAGCUCUACAAGCACCUUGAGAAAGUCAAGGCCGAAGACUGUUUCUUCGUCUACAGAAUGGUGCUUGUGAUGUUCAGAAGAGAGCUUACUCUAGAGCAAACGCUGUAUCUAUGGGAAGUGAUUUGGGCAGACCAAGCUGCAAUAAGAGCUGGGAUUGGGAAAUCUUCCUGGAGGGGACGGAUAAAGCAGAGAGCUCCUCCCACAGAGGAUUUGUUGCUGUAUGCCAUAGCUGCUUCCGUGUUGCAAAAGAGGAAACUCAUCAUUGAGAAGUACAAUAGCAUGGAGGAGAUUUUGGGGGAGUGUCACAGUAUGGUUGGGAAACUAGACGUGAGGAAGCUCUUAGACGAUGCUCAUGACCUUAUUGUUUCCCUCCACACCAAGAUUGAACAUAUGGUCACGUAA